AUGGUUACCACGGAAACCAGCGCAGGGUCUAUUCCAAGUACCGGGCUCGCGUGCGCAUUGGACGCACAUUCGCUCCGAUGGCGGCAGUUGAAGGUCGCCCUGGGAGGCCCUGCCAGCCCCACCGACUCGGACGCCGCCACCCGCCGCAUCCGCCAGUGGAUCGAGCCGUGCUGCCCGCCGCGCGCGCGACUGCGGUCCGCGGACGAGCUGCUGUGCGGCCCUGCGACGGACGAGCUGCUGCGCGGCGGCGAAAUCGAGGGGUGGCGGCGUGCGGGUCCGUUUCUGAGCGACGAGCUGCUGGGCGCGGAGCAGCUGACGGACGCGCUGCUGGGCAACAUGCCGCAUGACACAUGCUUCCCGUCUCGUCAAUACCCCGACGACCCCGUGUUGUAUGACUCGUUCCCCCUCCCAGAGGACGACAUGGAGGUCAAACCCCUCUGGGACCGAGGUCAAGCCCCUCUGGAGGUCCUCGCUCUGGAGUUUGAUACGCGUUUAGAGCCGCGGCCUCUGCCGCAGGGCCAGAAGCGAGUGACGGCUCUUCGCGUGCUUACCUGUCGAGACUGCGAUUCUGGCCUUCUGGAUCGGCUGGUGCUGCCUGUGGGGCAUCCGUGCGAUUGGGACCUUGUGAGUCUGCAGUCGCUCUCCGUUGUGGCGCUGCCAGAACGGGAGUCCUUCGACGGCGGCUGUUCGUAUCGGGAUCGCGAGAUUUCGAAGCAGCCCAGGAGUUGCAGAUGGGAGGAGAGUGAUCAGGUGGAACAGAUGAAUCAGCUUAUAACGGGUUGCCCACUCCUCCGCUCACUGCACUUCCAACUCAAUUCUGGCGAAUACCUCACUAUAAGGGAAGAGGAAUUUUCCCUCUUCUCCCGUCUCGCCCACCUCUCCCUCCCUCUCUCCGACCUCCCACCUAACCUCCUUCCCCACCUCUCCUCCCUCCGCUCCCUCCGUCUCUUUCUCUCUGCACCCCAGCACCUGCCCCUCCUCUCCGGUCGACCCUUCCACUCUCUUCCCCUCCUCGCCCUCCUCCACCUCUCCCUCGCCUCUCCCGCCUCAGGGCUUUCCGAGCCUUUCUCGCCGGACCUGUUUGCAGGGCUCGGGCCGAGCCUGCGGUCCUUGACUUUCCUGGUGUACGCAAAGCAGAAGGGGGCGGCCUUCUGCCGCACCAAACCUGGUUCCGCCAAACCUUCAACUGGUCCUACUCCUACCGAGCCUGCAACUGGUCUCACCGAACCUGCAACUGGUCUCACCGAACCUGCAACUGGUCUCACCGAACCUCCCUCGUAUCCCGAAGCAACUCCUUCCUCCAGCUCCCUCCGCCACCUCACUCUCAUGGGGACAGCUGGCGUCAUCCCAUUGGCUGUGUGGGGGCGCCUGUGCCCGCAGCUGCUGUCUCUCAAGAUCCAGGGCUCGCCCCACGUGGCUGUAAGGGGGUGGGGGGAGCAACUGGCGGAGGGUUAUGGGGAGGGGGACGUGGGGCAGGGCGCAUGUGGUGAGGGGGGGGGCGCAUGUGGUGAGGGGGAGGGCUCAUGGGGAGCAGCAGAGGAGGCAGCUGCGUGCUUCUUCCCUUCCCUGGAGGAGCUUGUGCUGCGCAACGUGACCACCCAUGCAUCGCAGCACACAGGGACAGAGCACACAGGCACAGAGCAGACAGGGACAGAGCAUAGAGCCCACACCCACUUGCACCAGGGGCACAGUCUGGCAUUCAUGGGUCGGCUGCCCCGCCUCACCCACCUGGCAAUCGACCACACCCACUCGCUUUCACAACCCCCCACCCGAACGCACGCCCCCACCAUCCUCCCGACCCUCCUCCCCAACCUCACCUUCCUCCGCAUCCACUCCCCCCCACCCGCCCCCCUCCGCGUGCUGCCCCACCUGCGCACACUGAUACUGGGGUCCUACCCUCACUCCUCGCGCUUCCUCUCCUCGCUUGCCCUCUUCCCCGCCCUCACUGCCCUCCGCAUCUUCAACCUCCAAAUGAUCAACUACCACUCCGCCCUCUCCUGCCCUCCCUCACUCAAAUCCCUCCAAAUCUGCUUCUCCCACCUCCCUCUCCUCCCCGACUCCCUCCACCUCUUCUCCUCCCUCACUCGCCUCGACCUCUUCCAGUGUUCCAAGCCCCUCGCCCUGCCCGCCUGCCUCUCCGCCUUCUCCUCCCUCGACCACGUGUCCCUUGGCCGCGGGUACGACCCUGUGCUGCCCUGCCGCCUCCAAGAGUACCUCCGGGGGAAGACCUGGGAGCGGGAGGACGCAGGGGAGGGGGGAGCGGAAGGAAAAGGGGAAUGGGAAGGGAAGGGGGAAGCAGAGGGAGAAUGGACGGAGGAGGAUAAGGAGGGGGGGGAGGAAGGGGAGGAGGGGCGGGAGGCGGAGGGGAUUGGGGAGGGGGAGGGGAAGGCAGAGGGUGAGGGGGAGGGGAAGAGGGAGGGGGAGGGGGAGGGGAUGCAAGUGCCAGCGGGGCAGGAGGUGGCGGUGAGAGGCCCGCCAAAGAACGCGAGUGCCACGAAUCCUCAUUCGCACAACCAAUCGCAGUUACCAGCAGAGGCGGUACCAGCGGAGGUGCUAGAAUCCUCGCUCCCCUCCCCCUCCUCCCUCGCCCACACCCUCACGCUCUACCCCAACCUCUCUGCACUCCUCCUCCCCAUAGUCUCCACCGCACCUCACCCCCUCAAACCCUCCCAUGUGCGCUCCCUCCUCUCUGCUGCCGCCGCCCUCCCCGCCCUUACCUCCCUCUCCGUGCUACUAGAGCCGGGCUUUAGGGGGGAAUACGACUGGGGAGCUGCGCAUUCAGGGGGAGAACGUUGCCGAUCGGCUCAAACUCCCCCCCUCUCUCUUCCUCUGCUGCACGCAUCUCACCUCUCUCUCCCUCCCUCUCUCCUGCCUCCCCUCCUCCCUCCUCCGCCUCACUCGCCUCACCUCUCUCUUCCUCGCCCUCCCUGUCGGUCACAUGCCCCCCAGUUCGCCCACUCCUCUCCCUUCGCCCGCCUCUCCUCCCUCCGCUCCCUCUCACUCCACGUGUGUGAGCAAGACAUCAGCAGCAGCAGCAGCAGUGGCGUGUCUUUGCAUGACAGCAGCUGGAGUGGGCUCUCAGAGGGCCUGCUGCUGGGCCUGCCGUUGUGCCUCUCCUCCCUCUCCCUGCACCUCCCCACUGCCACCAUGCCUGCCUCCUUCUCCUCCCUCACUGCCCUCACGCUCCUCGCCACCAACCUCUGGAUUCCGGGGCUGGAGGGCGGGGAGGACGAGGGAGACGGAGGGGUGGGAGAGGAGGAGUGGGAUGGAGAGAGGUGGGAGGAUGGCGCAGUUGAGGAGAAUGGAAUGGGCGAGGGAGAUGAGGAUGGUUGGUGCGAUGCUGAUUCGUGCCCCAACGGAGAUGAGGAUUGUUGGUGUGAUGAUGAUGAAGAGGGUGAACUCCACAACUCACUCGCUGCUUCACGCAUUCGCCACAACACACUGCUGCCUCUCUGCAACCUCUCUUCCCUCACGCUCUCCAGCUGCUGCUCUUUUCCCCCGCUCAUUCGCCACCUCACUCGCCUCACCUCCCUCUCCCUCGGAUCCUUCAGUACCGAUGGGAUAGGCUCUAGCACCCGAUCCUGCUCCCUCCACCACGGCCUCUCUCUCCUCACUCGCCUGUGGGAGCUCUCCCUCUGCUGCGACAGCUUCUCCCAAGAGCACCUUCCCCGCUUGCCCCGCCUACGCCGCCUCCACGUGCAAAACUACAGUGACAGCGUCGACAUGACCCGCCUGAUGGCUGCUGUGGCGCACUCUUUGGAGCAGCUGCACAUUGAUUGUCAAAUUGAUCUGUGCGAGACAGGAAGCAACAGAGGGUUGAGCUUCCGGAAGCUAAAGCUGCUACACCUGGAGUUCUACGCGCGCUUAUCUCGGGUAGACAUGUCUCUCGUCCCUGCCCUAGAACACAUGGUACUGACAGAGAAGGUCAAUGUGAACUGGGGGGUGGAGAGCGGUUUCUCGUAUAACCUCCGCUUCCUGCAAUUGGGCUAUGCUGUUAGACUGCCUAAAGACCCUGGUGGCCGAGAGCAUGAGCUGAUGCGGCUCACAGCGCUCACCACUCUCAUUGUCGACAAUGCAGACUACCGGGAUUUCCUUGCCGCCCUCUCCUGCUUCUCCUCCCUGCGCACCCUCCGCCUCUCCAACAUCACCCGAGGCUGCUCUGAGCCCCACUUCUCCUGCCCGCCUCUCCUCUCCACGCUUCAGAUCUGCUUCUCCGACCUGCCCCGCCUCCCCCCCUCACUCGCUCACUUCUCCCGCCUCACUCGCCUGGACCUGCUGCAUUGGCGCCGCCUGCACUCUCUCCCACCCUUCCUCUCCUCCUUCUCAUCGCUGCGCCACUUGAGAGUCACGAGCGAUGGGCCCAAGCCCACACACCCUGCUUGCCUGAAGGGAUUUCUUCGAGGCAGGGACUGGUACGAGUAUUCGCAAUGUGACGGAUGGGACUGGCACCAGCAUUUGCGUCAGUAA